GCCAAUGACUUCCUGACCGAAGUCGCCGCCCAGUUUGGAGGAGGCUGCCCAGCGAGCCGCGCUUCCGCGCGCGUCGAAUGUGCGUAGUCACCAAAAAGGAGCAUGAAUCCUAUUACUCCAUACUGUUUGUUUGUUGGGUGCUUUUGGCUUGCUAUCUUUGGUGGGACUGCUACACAUGAGUUGGAGGAUUCUGAUGCUCAUCCUCAUAAGUGGGAAAUGUUGUACCUUGUGCAUCAGUGGCCAGUGACAGUAUGUAAGAUGAAUGAACAUGAUUGCAAAGAAGAUCCACUAUUGUACUGGACAAUCCAUGGACUCUGGCCUGAUAAAGCAGAAGACUGUAAUAGAACUUGGCACUUUGACUUAUCUGAACUUCAGGAUCUCAUGGGUGACAUGAAGAAAUAUUGGCCAGAUGUGCUUCAUCCAAACCAUACCUUUUUCUGGAAGCAUGAAUGGGAGAAACAUGGGACUUGUGCUGCUAUGCUGGAAUCCCUUAAUUCUGAGGAAAAGUACUUUAGUAAAGCUCUGGAGCUCUAUAAAAGAAUUGAUCUUAACAGUUAUCUCUCGAAAGUUGGGAUAACACCAGGCAGUACCAGCUACCAGCUGGCAGCCAUCAGAGAUGCUCUCACAGAUGUUUAUGGUGUAACACCAAAGAUUCAGUGUCUUCCUGCAGAAGAGGGUCAUAUACAGAUAAUUGGCCAGAUGAAAUUCUGUAUCACCAAGGAGUUUACCAUGAGAAACUGUACAGAGCCAAAGACUGAUUCCUCUCCUGCCCCUGAGGAUCAUUUCUACCAUACGGAAGAUUUGGAAAUAUGCAAUGAUACACUGACAUAUUAUCCUUCACAUCUGCACAAUUGAAGCAGGAAAAAAGCGAAAGUACUUUUUGAAAUACCAUUGAGAUUCAACAAAGCAUAUUACAUUAUUUAGAGUGAUAGAGAGCCAUAUUUUUAUCCCACAAAGAUACUGUAAUACUUCAUUUGAAAUUUUUGAAAUCCUACUUGCUUUGGAACAUGUGGAAAUGACAGUAUUGGUACUAAAGCUAUAUAAAUGGAGAAGAUUCAUUUCUGUGGAA